AUGAACCAGUAUGAGGUGGUCCAUCAGAUUGGAGAGGGGGCAUUUGGGAAGGCCUUCUUGGCCCUGGACAGGGACAGAGACUGGGGUGGUGAGAGCCAGUGCGUGGUCAAAGAGAUCAACCUCAGAAAGAUGUCACCUAUGGAAAAGGAAGCAUCCAAAAAGGAAGUAAUUCUGCUUGCAAAGAUGAAGCAUCCAAAUAUCGUCACCUUUUUCAAAUCAUUUCAGGAGAGCACUAAACUUUACAUAGUGAUGGAGUACUGUGAUGGAGGAGAUCUGAUGAAGAAGAUCAGUAUGCAAAGAGGGGUUAUGUUUACUGAGGAGCAGAUAGUGGAUUGGUUUGUACAGAUCUGUUUGGGACUGAAGCACAUCCAUGACAGGAAGGUUUUGCACAGAGACAUCAAAGCACAGAAUAUAUUCCUUACCAAGAAGGGGAUGAAAGCCAAGCUGGGAGACUUUGGCAUUGCAAGAAUGUUAAACAAUACCAUGGAGCUUGCCAGGACCUGUGUUGGGACGCCAUAUUACCUGUCUCCUGAGAUCUGUGACAACAGACCGUACAAUAACAAAACGGAUAUAUGGUCUCUGGGCUGUGUCCUGUAUGAGCUCUGCACCCUCAGACAUCCAUUUGAGGGCAACAGCCUGAGGCAGCUGGUAGUGAAGAUCUGUAGGGGGCGCUAUAACCCAGUCUCCACCCGCUACUCCUACGACCUGCGCCUGCUGGUCACUCAGCUGUUCAAGGUCAGCCCGCGAGACCGGCCCUCCGUCAACUCUGUCCUCAAACGGCCCUUCCUGGAGAAACACAUCAGCAAACACCUGGACCCCCAGGUCAUUGAGGAGGAAUUCAGCCACACAGUGCUGCACAGAAAGAGAGCUGCAGGCCCACUGCCUAGAGUGCGGGCCGCACCACUGCAUACUGUAUGUAUCUCCUUUUUAAUUCAUCCUCUGUUGGGUCCAGAAAUAGUCCCCAAAGCCAGAGUCUCAGAGAGGCCUCCUCCUCGGUCGAAGCCUGGGCCCUCGGUGAAGAAACCGCCCCCCAAACCAGAUUGGAAACCCCCUACCAGAGUCAUGCCACAGCACAAACCGUUUCAUCCACGAGCAGCACAGAUUAGGGUUCCAGUGGCCAGACAGUACGGUCAACAGAACCCCAGGUGGGACGGUCAGGCUGAAGUCAACCCUUACGACCACCACUAUGCCCAGCUGGACGCCAUCCAGAGGAGAUACUCUCCUCUACCUCCUCGUCCUCCUCUUCCCUCCUGUCAUCCUCCGGUGGUUCAGGAGAGACCUGUGGAGCGCUAUGAUGACAGAGAGAAUCACCCAGAACCUUAUCAAUUGGUGGCUGCUGCUCAUGAUGAAUACCGCCAGAGGAGACAGGAGGCCAACCAGUACAAGCUGAGGGCAGAGAAACAGCUGGGCCUGCGGCCCUCCACAGCAGACACUGAGCAUUACAGACAGCCUGAGCAGGACCAGGGGGCAGGGCGACCUGCACAUCCACCCACACCUCACGACAGGAGGCAGGAUGGGCAGCAGGAGUAUCUACGGAAGUUGCAGCACAUCAGACAGCAAUAUUAUAAUGAGAUGAGAGAUAUCAGAAUGAGAGCUGAUGCUGAGCCCCAGCCACAAGUGAAACCAGGCACAUACCUGGUAGAGAAGCCCAGACACAUAGAGCCACCAACACAUAGUGGAGACCAGGACAGAGACAGACCCCAACCUGACCAGGACAUUGAAGGAGCCCUGAGACAGAUCAGGCAGGAGAACAGACUGGAGAGGAGAGAGCUACAGAAGAAGCACAAAGACAAGAAAGCUAUCAUGUUUGAGAUCAAGUUAAAUGACGAAAGGAUUCAAGAGGAUGAAGACAAAGAAAAAGAGGAGAAGAGGGAUGAGGUGGACCCACUGAACCAGACCCUGAGCUUCCAGGCAGGGGAGGACCUGAGGCACAGGGAUUGGUCCGGGGCAGGAUUGGGGGCAGGGCAGGAUGAAGGCACCCCCAGGUCUGAGGUGAGGAAGGGGUGGGGCCAGGCAGCACCACAGACCCUACUGGAUGCCCUGGCUGAGAUGGACGUGUCAUCAGUGUGUACCACCAUGGCUGUGCCUGAACUGGGUGACGCUGCAGAUCUCGAGGGGAAGGCAAUAGGGGAGAGGAGACAGUGGGGAGAGGGUCCCCCCAACACCCUGCUCCAUGCUUUGGGCCAGGCUGAGCUAACCUCCACCCUGGACUCCGUAAUGCCAGAACCAUUGACUGAGAAAGACCGCGCCAAGGAGCAGGAGGAAGAGGGAGCUGAAACAAAGGAAAAAGCGGAGGAGAAUAAAGACUCAGAUGUGGAGAUGGACGAGGAGCGUCUAGAGCCCAGGUCGGAUGAUGACGACACGAACUUUGAGGAGUCUGAAGAUGAGCUGAGAGAGGAGGUGGCAGAGUCAAUGAUGAACCUUUUUAUAACAGAUGGAGUAGUGGGGGAAAUAGAGUUACAGUCAGGAAACUGUAGAUCUCCAGCAAAUACACCCUGUGAUACCUCCAUAGAGGGUAAACCCUCUCAGACUCAAGCUGCAGGGUGUGAGACUCUGGCAGAGCAACCAAGGGAUACCCAGGUUUCAGACAAGGACUGUGAGGCCAAUAAGAAGCAAUAUCCAGAAAAUUAGUUUUAUUAUUUAGAUUUAAGUGAAACGAUGACAAGGACCUUGUUAAUGGAUUCCUUUCUACAAAAAACAGCAAGUUUGAGUAAGCUGUCUUUAUAAUUUCAGCAACAUAACUUGCAUAUAUUUUUUUCUUGGCUAUAGACGUCACAGGAGGUUGGUGGCACCUUAAUUGGGGAGGAAGGCAUGGUAGUGGCUUGAGUAGAUUGUAUCAAAUACAUGGUUUUGCGCCGCUGCAGCCUUCACUGCAAACCUGUGGCAAGAAUAGGUAUCACUUGGCCCAAACUUGAACCUAGUAGACCUGUCUUACAUUUUUCUAAACUGCAGGUUAGUUUGGUGCUACCUAUUCUUGCCACAGGUUAACAGUAUAACGUAAGCAGGCAGACAAGUAUUUGGGUGUUGAAAAUGUUUCAGUAUUGUUGUUACAUGGAGCAACUUCUAAAGACUAAAUCCAAAUAAUAAAAUACAACAAGGUUGAAUUUUUUUAUUCAGACAUGAAAAAUACAUGUACUUUUCCAAAAGAAAACAUUGUUUGCACAUUAAAUCAGUAACAUUUGAGCCAUGGUCCCUUACAGAGAAGGCGGAGGAAAAAAUAAAUAAAAAAUAGCACAAUGAUAUUUGGUCAUUCUUCGCAGCUGACACCAGUACAGAAACCUCUAUUCAGGAUCAAAUGCUUUUUGAGUGUAAAUGUAUAAAUAGAAUGUCCACCACAUCACUGUAACUCUAUCAAGACAGAGCAGGUAAGAUAAGCAUUCUUAUUUAUUCAUAUUAAUA